UGACAUUCGAAAGGAUUGCUCUAGUUCUUUUAUUUAUGAUUAUGUUAUGUCUCGAAAAUAUCAACUUCUCAUAUAAGUUUACUUUUUUGUUAAUGAAAAUGGUGUCUCAUUUAAAAUGUGUUAAUAUUUCACUGCCCUAAACAUUUCAUGUUUUUGAAGUAAUGAUAUAACAAUUUCAGCUUCUUUUGGAAGCAAUUGAGCAUUCAAACUGAAAUGUGUGUGUCAAAUUUCAGUAUUAAGGAAAUCCCAACUGGCAAAACUCUUAAGAGCUGAAGGAAAAUAGCUGUACUUUUGUAAUGGAAAUAUCAAAUCAACCUUAACAGUUUGUGACAUGGAUAUAUUAAUGAUUUUAUAAUUCAUAGGAAAUUAGAGGAAGUAUCUAUUACUACUUUGUAUUGAAAGUUUAACAAAAUGGUUUUUCUUUAUCAAAUAAACAGUUAGUUCAAAAUAUGCAUUCCUUAAAUGAUGACUUAGGAUUCAAGUUGUUAAAUGAGAAUAUAUGAUGUAUACCUUGGAGAUUUAUCUUGUUUGCUCUUUUUCUCUUAGGAAGCCUGACAAAUAGAAAAAUACAACAAAGUGAAGAGAAAAUUUACUUCAUGAGAACUGAGCUCUGCUUUCAUUUGCUUUUAAAUUUAUUUAUAUUAGUAGCUGAUUAGUGUCAGAUCAUCUCUGUAGUCUUCUGUGGUGAAAUUACUAGGUUAAGCCUGGAAAAAAUGAAACAGUUAAAAAGAAAAAGAAAAAGCAAUUUUAGUGUUCAGGAAACUCAAACUCUCCUUAAGGAAAUCAGAAAAAGGAGAGAAGUACUCUUUUCAAAGCAACUUAAUACAACAAUUAAUGAGAUGAAACGGAAAGCUUGGGAGGAAAUAGCAGAGUGUGUCAAUGCAGUAGGUGAAGGAGAGCAGAGAACAGGGACAGAGGUGAAAAGGCGAUACCUUGACUGGAGAGCACUCAUGAAGAGAAAACGUCUGAAUGCAAACAUCAAAGUAGUGGGUGCUGGGUUUCACCUUCCUUCAUCCAAUUUAGAUGACUCUCUCAAUGAAGACAUGGAUGAGAAAAUGGGAUUUGCAAUUGAAUCUAGUUUUGAAUGGCAGAAUAUCACUGACUUCAGAGAAGCCGGUGGAUCUUUAACAGAAAUCAAAGUAGAAGAGGAAGAGGAGGAUCCGCAGAAUUUUGAAUUUCCUAUUGAGGAAGAAGAAGAAAUACUCUCAUCGGUUCUGCCAGAUUCGAAAAAAGAAAACGACCUACCAGACUUCCCCCACAUUGAAGAGUUUGGAAAUCUGAGCUCUGCUCAAGCUAGGCUAGCCUAUGAAGAUUCUCACUUGCUUAUAAAUCUGGAGAAGCAAAAGGUGGAGCUGGAGAAACAGCGCCUGGACAUCGAAGCUGAAAGGUUGCAGGUGGAGAAGGAGCGCCUGCAGAUUGAGAAGGAGCGGUUGCGGCACGUUGACUUGGAGCGUGAGAGGCUUCAGAUUGAGAAGGAGCGGCUUCAGAUUGAGUGGGAGAAACUCAGGCUAGAGACUCUGCAUGCUGACAAACCUGCCCUGGAAAAUGACCUCACCCAAACUGAAAAACCCAUCAUGCAGCCUCUGGAUCUAGAAACUGAAAAGUUAAAACUUGAAAAGGAACGUUUGCAGUUAGAGAAAGAGAGGCUGCAGUUCCUGAAGUUUGAGUCAGAAAAGCUGCAGAUUGAGAAGGAACGCUUGCAAGUGGAGAAGGAGCGCCUUCGAAUUCAGAGAGAGGGUCACUUGCAGUGAACGUCUCAGCUAAGGUGUCAACGUUAGUGUUUUGAUGUUUCUAAAUUAGAAGUAGUUCUUUCCUUGGUACUGAAACUGUCCUAGAGGCUUAACAUUCUUCUGUUCAGAGUUGAAUGUUGAUGUUAAACUGAAAAAAAAAAUGGUGCUCAAUAUGUCAGUGUGCCUACAUAAAUGAGCUUAUGUGUGAAAUUGCUUUUCCGUGUAUCAGAACUUAAGUGUUAUGUUCUCUUGUCUUCAGUAUUGUGCUGUAUUAGUUCGGUGUCCUCCUCUCAUAGAGGCCUUGAGAAGAAACAAGGCUGAACCUUGUACUUUUUGUCACUGCACUAACAGGAAGGAAGGAUCAGAAUAAAUCAGUGUUUGCUGUGAGGACAUGGUGCUGACGAUAGCCUAUAUGGUAAAGAAGUAUAAUUUUGGCAGAACACAGGAAUAUGGAGUCAUUAUGAGAGUGAUUCAUUAAAUUUUAUUUCACCCACACAUCUUUUUUUCUCCACCCCCACAAUUGGGAAAAACAGUUGAAGAGUUAUCUAGAAGUUAAAGUGCAAGUUAAAUUCCUUGCAGUUGUAUUUACUGUUGUUCCAUAACUUGAAGUGAAGUGCAGAAAAUAGGUUUGAGGGUUUUUUUUAGGUUUGGGUUUUGGU